AUGGCAAUGAUCAUGCUGGAUAGUGGGGAAAUUGAAAUUGAAGAGGAGGAAAAUGAUUCAAUGCUAACACAAGAUGAUUCUAGUAGUGAUUAUGAAUAUGCUGCUGAGGGGAAUGCCUUAGUAAUCAAGCGAGCACUUAAUGUACAAAUUAAGGAAGAAGAGAAAGAUGAUGUGCAAAGGGAAAAUAUAUUCCACACUAGAUGCCAAGUGAAGGAUCGGGUAUGUAGUUUGAUCAUUGACGGGGGUAGCUGUGUGAAUGUGGCUAGUAAAUUACUUGUUGACAAGUUGGGAUUGCGUACAUUGAAGCAUCCUAGGCCAUAUAAGCUGCAAUGGUUGAAUGAAAGUGGAGAAAUGAAGGUGAACAAGCAAGUUCUGGUUUCCUUUACAAUUGGGAGAUACAAGGAUGAAGUUCUUUGUGAUGUAGUGCCCAUGCAUGCUAGUCAUAUGUUGCUUGGGAGGACAUGGCAGUUCGAUAGACAAGCAAUACAUGAUGGGUAUAAGAAUCGAUACUCUUUUGUCAAGGAUGGUAGAAAGGUGACACUUGUUCCAUUGACACAUUAUCAGGUGUAUGAGGAUCAGCUCCGAAUCAAAAGAUCAAUUUGUGAGAAAAGUGAGGAGUUUGGAGAUGUCUUUCCCACGGAGUUACCCAAUCGUUUGCCACCAAUAAGGGGAAUAGAGUAUCAAAUCGACUUUGUGCCAAGAGUCGCAAUUCCGAAUCGGCCAGCAUAUCGAAGUAAUCCGGAGGAGACAAAGGAACUUCAAAGGCAAGUGGACAAGCUUUUAGCUAAAGGGCAUGUGCGUGAGAGCAUGAGUCCUUGUGUGGUCCCGGAGUUGCUGGUGCCAAAGAAAGAUGGUACUUGGAGAAUUUCCAAGGGUAUUCAGGUUGAUGAGAAAAAGGUGAAAGCAAUUAAGGAUUGGCCGACGCCGAAAUCCGUAACCGAGGUAAGAAGUUUUCACGGUCUAGCCAGUUUUUAUAGGCGAUUUGUGAGGGAUUUCAGUAUUUUGGCCGCUCCAUUGACGGAAGUGGUUAAGAAAGAUAUAGGUUUCAAAUGGGGAGUAGAGCAAGAGCAAGCAUUUAAUUUGAUUAAGGAAAGGCUUUGUUCUGCACCUUUAUUGGUUUUACCUGAUUUUUCGAAAACUUUCGAGAUUGAAUGUGAUACUUCCGGGAUUGGUAUAGGUACUGUUUUGAUGCAAGAAAAACGACCGAUUGCCUACUUUAGUGAGAAGCUAAGUGGAGCCGCUUUGAAUUAUUCUACAUAUGACAAGGAACUCUAUGCUUUGGUCCGUGCUUUGGAGAUGUGGCAGCACUACUUGUGGUCGAAGGAAUUUGUCAUACACACGGACCACGAAUCAUUAAAGCAUUUGAAAGGGCAAAACAAGCUGAAUCGGAGACAUGCCAAGUGGGUCGAAUUCAUAGAGAUGCUUCCAUACGUGAUUCAAUACAAGCAAGGAAAGGAAAACGUGGUAGCUAAUGCAUUAUCACGGAGAUAUGUACUUAUCUCUACUCUAAAUGCUAAAUUUCUUGGGUUUGAACAUCUUAAUGAGUUGAAUAUGCAAGAUUCUGACUUUGGUGCUAUAUAUAGUGCAUGUGAAAAGGGUGCAUUUGGUUAG